UGCAAGUGUUCCCCAGAGACUGCGGAGCAAAAACGGGACGGAGGCCGCCUGGAGCGAGGAAGGCCGCGGGGACGCGCCCCACCCCGCUGUGGGCUGCCCUGAUUAACACUGUCCUGUCACCUGCACAUCCAAUGCAAACCCCUCCGGCUUCCGAGCCCUUCCCUGGGGCUUCCGAGCCUUUCCCUGGGGCUUCCGAGCCCUGACGCCCCUGCGAGCUCUCUGCCCAGCCCCAGGGGCCGGCUCUCGCGUCCUCGCCCCGGACACGCCAUCUCCCGACUCGGAGCCGUUUCCACCGGCUGUUCCGCAGGCCUGGGAUGCUCCCCCGCCUCUCCUCCGGACCCUGGCUCCCUGCAGGGCCUGGCUAAGUCUCACCUGCCAAGGGAGCCAGCCCUGUCCCGCGUGUUUUUGGUGGCUUCCUUCCGUUGGUUAUGCUGUUUAGAAUCGGUUUGUACAAAAAAAAAAAAAACCCAGAAUUAGUCAAAACAGAAACUUGGUUACCCGGGUGGAUUCAAGAAGCAAUGUACAGGGAGCUGGUAAACAAGUUGCUGUACUUACACUUUAAAGAUGACAGAUGCAAAGUCAGUGGAGAUGCUCUGCAGCUCAUGGUGGAAAUGCUGAAGAUCUUUGUCCAAGAAGCUGCAGCUCGUGCAAUAAGACAAGCCCAGGCUGAAGACCAGGAAAAAGUUGACAUUGAACAGUUUGAGAAAGUGUUGCCACAGCUGCUUCUUGAUUUUUAGAAACAGCAGCAUUGGAGAAGAUGGAGAUUAUCGGAUCAAGCUGAGCUUACCCGUAAACCUUCUCCAGUCAUCUAUUUGCUUUUGAUCGUUAUAAGACAGGGAAUCAACCUUAUACCAACAUUUUGGCUGUGUCUUAUUUCAAUAAGAAAUUCUAAGUGGCCAGAUUCUGUUUACUUCCUGACAUGACUGAAUCAAAUCAAAAGAAAAUUUCUAUAGCUACUGCCUGCCUGAGAAUUUCUACCACAAUCGCUUAGCAUCAGGAUGGGUCCCUUUUUUUCCCCUCUGCCAGGGUUGGAAAAUAAGGAAGCUUAUAUGGUAUCUUCCUUGAAAUAGCACAUGGUGGGGGCGGGGUGAAGGAGGAGGAAAAAAGGAUAGUGGAUGAGGUACUGGGACCAAGGAAAGAACUAAGAGGGGGCAGGCCAGGUCACGUUGGAACAAAAUGAGGUGCUCUAGUUCCUUGGACUUGGGUUUCCUGCCCCAGGGGCUACUCAUUUAAAGAUCAAGGUGCUGGUGCAGCCAUCUAUUCUUAGCUCCCUGGAAAACAAAAGCUGUAUGUCCAUGGGACUGAGGCGUCACCAAACCCCUGCCUCAUCUCCAGUGCCAGCCCCAUAACUUCAGCAGAGUCCCCCCAGUUAUUCCCCUCCCCCCCCCCAUGGCCCCAAGAUGAGUUCCCCAAGACCUCCACUGAGCAUCAAGCUCACAGCCAGGUACCUGAUCUUUAGUUUAUACACAAACAGAGCUUGGUGCUUGCCUUCUCCCAACAUUCUUGCUGCCAUCUGACAUCAAAGCUAGUUUGUAACCUUUUAACCAUUUGAUAUUCCCCUCAGAAGCUGCUUCCCUGAGCUAUAAAUUUGUUCUCACAAAGCAACAUCAAUAAAUCAAAACUGUCUCCCUCCCU